GUACAAGACAUUCGCCGCGCAAUUUUAGCCACCAUUAGAUGCCCAAUAAUGUCGACUUCACAAGGCUAUCUCAGCUACCCACUGAGGUGGUAGCCCGUGUGUUUGCCCUUCUUCCCAAAGAGUACAUGCUUCCCUUCUUCGAAUCUCCAGUCUUCAAGGGCGUCGCCACAAACUGUUACUACUCAAAGCUAGUGAUCCACUGGAACCCGCUGCCAAUUGAUGAAUCGCUCACCUAUAUGAGCUACAAAGAGUUUGAAGCCUUUGCCAGCGAUGCCGAAUUGCUGUCAGUCAUCCCCGACAUUGGGUCCAUCCACCUCUUUUCCACGGGCAUGCUCAAUCUCACACCCGAAGCGGUGACCAGGCUCAAACUGUUCAACCAGCUCAAUGCGUCAUAUGUGUUUAGUCUCACGCAGGAGCCAGAACUCGCAGAGCUUUCCCAAUUCGGGAAUAUCCACGACCUUUGCUUAUCGUCCUCGCAUCUAGACUGGGGGUCGUUGGUGCUCCCGAGCAGGAUUAAAAGGCUUGAGAUUCGCAUAAACGCAAACCUCCACGCCACAUCCUACUCGUUGCUCCAGUACCCGGACUCGCUAGAAAGUUUAAGUCUCAGUGGGGUGAAUAUGACACCCGAGAUAUUUACCAGCCUUCCUCCUCUGCUCAUAGAGUUCUCAAUAGAGGAGUUGGAGACGUUUUCCGUUUCGGCGUUCAACCAGAUGACGUUCCCUCCCGGUAUAAAGACGUUUCGCUUGAAAAGCAGCUACGACACGGCGUUAGAUAUCACGGGCAUCGCCCUCCCAUCCACGCUAAGACACUUUUACCUCAGCAGUUACGAACUCAAGUCCCUUUCAGGGGUGUAUGUUCCUCCGUCCCUUAGUUCCCUCACCUUUUCCGUUCACCUGCUACACGAAUUCGAUCUCACGCUACCGGAAGGCUUGGAAACGCUCAACAUUCUUGAGUCUAGUCUCAAUUCCGCCGCUGUGAAUGCCAUUGUUUUCCCCCAAACUCUCAUUUCCUUGGGAAUCGAAUAUAGCCAGCUUACCACGCUUUCUUUCGUGCCAAAGUUAUCCCAAACACUAGAGAGGCUCUUAUUGGCCGGUAAUCCGUUCCGGUGUAACCGUCCGCAAUACAUUAGGUUUCCUGAAUGCUUGAAGGUUCUCUCACUUAAGAAGGUACCUCUUGAACUGUACUCAUUGGUAUUUCCCGAAGGUCUAGAAGAAUUAGAUGUUACCGAAACUGGACUUACACUCGAGGACGAUGUCUAUCCGUCCAGUCUCAAGACUUUGGUUUUAAAUGAUAAGCGGCACCAAUAUAGGAAAUCAUAGCUGGGCUUGCCCAUCUGCCUAGGGAGACUUUAGCCCUCCGGCAUAUGUGGUAACAGCACGCUCUUGCAUCACGGGAUAGUUAAGGAGACAGCCCCAUGGCCUUGUCUGACAAUUUAUCGCUUUUUGUUACAUAUCAAGUAAAGUGGACGGUCCGGAGAACUCUUUAUUUUGCAGCCCAAAUCGGUGGCAUUUAUCGUUAGUUUGAGAAAAUCGUGGGGAGUAAUACGAAUCAUGCACUUGCCAAGUUUUUCAUCCUGCAGAAUCGGCAGUUAUCAGAUUUGUCAGGCGCUGCGCUUUCAACCAGCUGACCAAACCACUACAAUCUAUAAUGGGCGCCAGUUGUAACGAUCAAAAAAAGGCGGUGGCUAUUUGCUUACAGAGAUCGCCGUGUGUGCUCAUAGAGCGAAACUCUCCCAAGG